CAUGACUGCCAUAUUGAAAUUUUUCUUAAAGUAGAACGUAACUACACGUCGAUAACAUAAUAUAAGGCUGGGUAUAUGUGUGAUUUGCAAUAAAAUCUGCUGCAAUGGGUUUAACUAUUUCAAGUUUGCUGACACGUCUUUUUGGAAAGAAGCAAAUGCGUAUUUUGAUGGUUGGGUUGGAUGCUGCUGGUAAAACAACUAUCCUCUAUAAGCUGAAACUCGGAGAGAUUGUCACAACCAUUCCAACUAUUGGAUUUAAUGUUGAGACGGUUGAAUAUAAAAAUAUUUGUUUUACUGUUUGGGAUGUUGGUGGUCAGGACAAAAUAAGGCCAUUAUGGCGCCACUACUUUCAAAAUACCCAAGGUUUAAUUUUCGUUGUUGACUCAAACGAUCGCGACCGCAUAAACGAAGCAGAAAAAGAACUGCAAAAUAUGUUGCAGGAAGAUGAGUUGCGUGAUGCAGUAUUGCUGGUAUUUGCCAAUAAACAAGAUUUACCAAAUGCUAUGAGCGCCGCUGAAUUAACCGAUAAACUAAGACUUAAUCAGCUUAGAAAUCGGCAUUGGUAUAUUCAAGCAGCGUGCGCUACUCAAGGUAAUGGACUUUACGAAGGGCUUGACUGGUUAUCGGCGGAGUUGGCUAAAAAAUGAUAAAACGGCGUUUAUGAUGCUUUUGUAACAACUAUAUACGUGAUUUCAACUUUUAAGUAUUUAAAGCAGGAAAGUUGUCUUACGAUGUAUUCAUAACUUUUAUAACUUUUAAAUAUACAUAAAUAUUUUAGAUUGUAAACGUAUUCUGUAAUAAAAGUACAUUCACUGCACUUUAAAUUAAAUUAUAAAAAU